AUGUUACGUAUUACUACUCGGUGUGUAACAAGGUUAAAUUUCAAUAGAACUUUUGUUUCUCAAUCAAACAUAUCAGGGUUCAAAACUAUAAACCAAGGAUCAAAAUACUCCCCGAAUUUCAAGCAAUAUCUUCGUAUGCCAAAUGAUGAAGCAGGAUCUUUCUUCCACGAUAUUCCUCUUGGAUUGGCUCCUGAAAAUGCUACAGUGAAUAUGGUUGUUGAGAUUCCUAGAUGGUCGAAUGCAAAGUUCGAAAUAUCUAAGGAAUUGCAACUUAAUCCUAUUAUUCAAGAUACAAAAAAGGGUAAACUAAGAUUUGUGAAUAAUAUAUUUCCAUUUAAAGGUUACAUGCAUAACUAUGGUGCAAUUCCUCAGACAUGGGAAGAUCCAACUACGGAGGAAUUUGAAGGAAUUGGACUGAGGGGAGAUAACGACCCUCUAGACUGUUGUGAGAUUGGUUCAGAAGUCUUAAAUAUGGGUGAUAUUAAGAAAGUGAAGAUUUUGGGCUCUUUGGGCUUGAUAGAUGAUGGUGAACUAGAUUGGAAAGUUAUUGUUAUCGAUGUUAAUGAUCCCUUAGCAAAUCAGUUGCAGAAUCUUUCUGACGUAGAGAAAUAUAUGCCUACGCUACUCCAUAAUACAAGAGAAUGGUUUAGAAAUUAUAAAGUACCGCAAGGUAAACCUAAAAAUGAGUUCGCAUUUGAUGAAGAAUAUUUAGAUGUCCCAAAGACUAUAUCCAUAAUCCAAAAAUGUAACAAAUCUUGGGAUAAAUUAAUAUCGGGAAAGGGUUUGGAACCAUUUGAUUCGAUACCAAUGACUCAAAGAUCAUCCAAAGAUAUUCAAAUAGAGUCGAAGGCUGAAGUUGAUUCACCUAUCCCUGUAGAAACAAAGAUAUGGCAUUACGUUUAA